AAACAAAGAAGGGACCUGAUUGUCCUCCGCAGCCGCUGUCACACGCAAGCGUGAAACCUGACGUGAUGCUCGUGCCACCGUCCCAUUCAGCCGCUGUGUCGGGACCCUCCCUUUCAGACAGUGCUGUGUGUGAGCUGGUAGCGGGAGGACGGCGCCGCCGGAGCUGAGGUUCAACACCAGCCGGGGUGGGGGGGGGAUCAAUCAGCAACGAGACCCGGAUCGAUUUCCUGCGGCAAUGCGAAGAUGGCGAGAGUCCUCCACAACUUGCUGCUGUGUCUGCUCAGCCUGGCGCUGAGGAUCAGAGUUUGGGGCUACUGGUCGCUGGUUUAUGGUUACUGCGCUCUCUGCGCCACCGCGGCGCUUAUGAAACUUUGCUGGAACAUCGUGCUGAGGCCCACGGCCACCUUCCAGUGGGGGGUCCGUGAAACUCCCCCGGCUUGUCUGAAUGACACGUCCUUGGGAACUCAUUGUUAUGUUAGGAUCAAGGAGUCUGGCCUUCGGUUCCACUACGUCGCUGCCGGGGAGAGAGGAAAGCCCCUCAUGCUGUUUUUGCACGGCUUCCCUGAGUUCUGGUUCUCCUGGCGCUACCAGCUGCGAGAGUUCAAGAGCGAGUUCCGUGUGGUGGCCGUCGACAUGCGUGGCUACGGCGAAUCCGACCUGCCGCUCUCCCCUGAGAGCUACCACCUGGAUUGCCUGGUCACUGACGUGAAGGACAUCGUGGAGUACCUGGGGUACAGCAGAUGUUGCCUGGUAGGCCACGACUGGGGCGGAACGAUAGCCUGGCUGUUCGCCAUCCACUACCCUGAGAUGGUGACCAAGCUGAUUGUCCUGAACUGCCCCCACCCUUCUGUGUUCACAGACUACGCUCUGCGUCAUCCCAGCCAGCUGCUGAAAUCCAGCCAUUUCUUUUUCUUCCAGCUGCCUCGCUUUCCAGAGCUGAUGCUCUCCAUCAACGAUUUCAAGGCUCUGAAGUCUUUGUUCACCAGUCGAAGCACAGGGAUUGGGAGAAAGGGCCGGUGGCUCACUGCAGAGGACCUGGAAGCUUAUUUGUAUGCACUCUCACAACCAGGAGCUCUAACAGGAGCCCUCAACUAUUACAGGAAUGUCUUCAGCUCCCUCCCUCUGAGCCACAAACACGUCAGGUCUCCGGUGUUGCUGCUGUGGGGAGAACGGGACGCCUUCCUGGAGCAGGAAAUGGCCGAGGCCUGCCGGCUUUACAUCAGGAAUCACUUCCGUCUCAACAUCAUUUCGGGGGCCAGCCACUGGCUGCAGCAGGACCAGCCCGACAUCGUCAACACCCUCAUAUGGACCUUCCUGAAGGAGGGAGAGGGCCGCAAAAGCUACAGGAACUAAAGGCCACAGCAAAGCUUCCACCUGCUGCACCGUCUCCCUCCCCUCUCCCCUCGGUGUCCACCCCCCCACCCCGAGAAGCCUUGAAUAUGCCUGUGAUACCAAGCAACAUAGUGAUGAUGCAAUCAUUCUUUAAAUUUUUUCACAUUUUAGAUAUUUUUUAAAAGAAGGAGAGAAUCAAAGCACACCUCCCCGGUGAGGAUACUGCAGAGUACACACGUUUAAGGUAUAUUUUCUUGCACACGACAGCGACAUCCGCCUUAAAGUUUGUCGGUUACAGCAUUACAAAUGUGUGGCGAAGUCUUGUCUUUGUGACCUGUAUUGUGUGGUGCCUUUUAACUUCGGAGCCGUCGCGGUGUGAAGACGUCCCUGAGGCGUCGUCGUCCGCUGUACUCGCGUGUUUCACUGAGUCGCUCAGCUGUAUUUUGGGCACAGUUUCCUGGGAGCUCCACCUCCCAGGGCCCCGUUUAUCAGGUAGUUUUCUUUUUCUAUAUAGAUUUUGUUUUUCUUUCUCAGAUACUUGCUCAAAUGUAGAGAAUGUUACCAUGAUCUUCCUGUAUAGAAAUGUUAGUGAUGGUUGCCUGUUGUACUAUUUUGUAACUCUUCCUAAAACACUGCAUUUUGAAACUCACUGAGCCAGGUCCAAACUGUUUGAUUUUAUAAAUAAACCGAAUGAGUGUCAGUCUUUCAGAGUUCAAUGCUUCU